AAAGAGGUUAUUGCUACGCAAGAGUUAGGGAAAUUUGAAUGUCGUAAUUUCACAUCGAAUUUAGCGAUAUGGGGUUGGGUGGGCGUCAAAUAUCCAUGCAUUCGAUUUAAAACGUUUUUUGAAGUUUCAAACAGUAACAAAAUGUUACACGAGGUGUUAAUGGCACUUGCUGGUUAUCCAAGCUCGGUGUUUACAGAAGUAGGCGGAAAGGCUGUGGAAUUUAUGUCUUUCAUCCAUCCUGGAGAACGAGCACUUUUGAACAGAGUAAUGAUUAUUGCAAUUGACUACAUGGCUUUAAGGGAUUUUCUACGGUUUUAUAAGUGUGUGCCAAGUCCAGUGAAGAAGGAAUCUUCAUCUGGUGGAAUGUAUCUUCGUGCCUUUUGCAAUGCUUUGGAUGAAGUGCUGGAACCGUAUGAGAAGGAGCUAAGUGAACUUGAAAUAUCAGCUCUCAAAGAUCCUUACUUGCCUUUAACAUUUGUGGUUAGUAGGGCAGAGAAGUACUCAGGGCUUUUCAGAGUUCUGAAAGACAUGAUCUCUCAGAUAAAAGAACAGAACAUCUAUGGGUGCAGUCUCCUGGGUUUUGUGCACAGAUACUUGUUAACUGGAGUGAAUGAUGUGAAAUCUGCAAUGAAAUGCAUCCUACAUAACUGUCACAAAGUAUUCUUCAAGCAACUAUCCAGCUGGUUAUUGUGCGGUGUUCUAGAAUGUGGUGAUGAAUUUCUCAUAAAGCAGCAAAAAAAAGAAGAUACUGCUCCAUCACAGUCCUCACUGGGAACUGAAACCUUUGUGUCGAGGAAUGAGAGUCUGGUUAAUUAUCCCACAUAUAAUGACUAUUUUAUUGACUUCAGUGUUGUGCCUCCGUAUAUCUCAAUAUCAUCUGCAUACAAAAUUUUGUUCAUUGGACAAACAAUUCUUAUGUUCAGAAGUGAUCCCCGAGAAAAGAGAGUUAAGAAACACAAGAGUGUUGCCACCAUUUGGGGUGACAGGGAGAAUGAGUUUUGUGUGAAGUUGAAAGAACUGCAGGCGAUGGAUACCUUCAAUGUCUCACAGUUUGAAAAUACGAUUGAGGAAAUUCGGCUUUGUGUUACCGAGCAUCUUUGGGAGCUGGCUGUAGAAGAUAUGAAACUUUUUUUACAACUGAAGUUAAUAAAGGACUUCUUUUUGCUUGGUCGAGGAGAACUCUUUGCUGAAUUCAUGCACCAAGCAGAAAGUAUCCUAGAUAAGGUCCCAUCCAGAACUUCAAAGAGAGAUGUAAACCGAGCAUUCCAAGUUGCUGCACAGAAAGUUCUAAUGACCGAUGAGGCAGCUCUUGACAAAUUUUAUUUUUUCCUUCCGGGAAGAGCUGAAGGAGUUGAAAUAAAAGGAAAUGGAUGGGAAUUAUUAAGCUUGAAAUAUAAAGUAGAUUGGCCAUUGCAUUUAAUGUUUACUGAUGAAGUGCUCAGGAACUAUGAUCGCCUUUUUAGCUUUCUGCUGCAUGUUAAGAAAACACAAUAUGACCUUCAUCACAUCUGGAAUGAUCAUAUGAGCAUAAAAAAUAUGAAUUAUAAAUCCAAGACAGCUCUGUGGCAGCUACGCAACAAUCUGAUGUUUGUAGUAGAUAACCUGCAAUAUUAUCUCCAAGUGGAUGUACUUGAAAGUCAGUAUACAAUCCUUCAGACAGCUAUAAGCUCAACUAAGGAUUUUGAACAGAUUCAGAAAGCACAUACAAUUUUUCAGGCAAAUAUUUUGAGUCAGACAUUUCUUUUGAUGAGCCCAGUGGAUGAUAAUACUCAAAGUGUUAGCUACCGGACCAGGGGCUUUGAAGACAAUCCUGUUCACAAGACUAUAUCUACACUUCUUGAUCUUAGUAAGUCAUUUUGUGCUGAGCAGCAGAACAACCCCUUUGAUGAAACCAAUAUCUCAAAGAUGCAACAGGAAUUUCAUCACUCGAUGUCAGUCUUGUUGCAGCUGUUCUCCACAUUGAGGUCUCAUCCUUGUGGUGCUCAUUUAGCCCAAUUACGACUACGGCUUGACUUUAAUUUUUGGUUUAGCCAGUAUGCUAAACCAUCCACGUUAAAUGGAAGCUUUUAGUACAUAAAACUGAAAGGACUUUCUGUGUUGAUUCUCCUGUAAUUCAAGAUUAAUUGUGUAGCCUGAGUCAGUAUGUUAUGGUAAACAAUCUUGUCUGUAGUGGAGCCCACACUGUAUGGAAUUUAUUUUCUAAGACCUAAACUUAAUUAUUGUAAAUGUAAAAGGUAGAUGAUUGUUGAUGUUUACUAUUUGGAAUACAAAAAUCUUUCCUACCUAAGCUAUAGAUUAAGUUUUGUUGUGUUAUUUUUUGAUUUAUGUAAAUACUAACAAGAACCUUGAUAACUUGUGUGUGUGUGUGUGUGUGUGUGUGUGUGUGUGUGUGUGUGUGUGUGUGUCUAUAUAUAUAUCAUGAGAAAAUACCAGGACAUCAUUCGAAUAUUUCUGGUUUCCAACUUCAUAUCUCACAACACCUGCUAGCCAUAUUUUAACAAUAUAGGCAUCAAAAGGGUCUUUUGAAAUUAAUUUUCACCAUGAAAUAAUUAUUCUUUUAUGAACUAAAGCACAUUUGAUAAGUGUGGGAAAUGCUGCAGCUUCAUUGUGAAUGGAAAUAAAUGUGAAAAAACAUCAGUGUAAUUUUCCAGUAGGUUGUUGUACUUUAAACUGAUUUAAAAAGCUCUGGUGGUAUGCUGGUUGUUAUCUCAUUUCACGAUAAUGCCAACAGUGCAGAUUAUUUUCAUAUUUUAAGGUAAUUUGAUAGUUGCAUUGGAAGUUCCCACAGUUGCUAGCUGUAGUUUACUGGUAAGUCAUUUAACUGAAUUUUAGUGAAGCCUUCCCAGACAGUAAAGUAUUAAGGCCCUAGUACAAGUCUGACAGUUUCACUCUUAGAUGUCUCUAACUGCUUCAUCACUUUGAAGACUAUGGGCAAAAGAGAGAGAAAUACAAAAACUUCAGAAAAUAUCCAAUAGUACAGUGCGUAGAGCAUUAUCAGAGGUGUGGAAGGAAAGCCUAAAGAAAACUGAUGUCUUCUUACUGGCAGAUAGUAGCUGUGGGAUGGAAAUGUAGG